AUGAUAUCGACCGAACCUUUGGGCGAGGCCGCCACGAAUGGCCACCAUACCGAUGCCCCGACAGAGGUCAACGCCAGGGACCUGUUCUCCCUUCACAGCAGGACCAUCAUCGGUAUGUCAGAAACAAGAACCGCACCCUGGGCCGACCUCUGCCAUCCUGGUCUCUUCUUCUACUCUCCCAACUCGCAUGGCGUCGACACUCACGUUCCACUUCUCUUCUUAGUGACCGGUGCCUCCGGCGGGAUGGGCCUCACAGUGGUGAAAGCGAUCUUGCAAUCCGGCGCCGACGUCAUCGCCGUGGACCGCCACGAGGCGGCAAGCUCUGCCCACAAAGACAUCCAAAGAGUAGCCCAGGAAAACAACGUCCUCCUGACAUACCAGCAAUGCGACAUUUCCAACCUGGAAUCCACACUCUCGGGUUUCGAGACGGCGGUCUCGCGUGCGCGGUACCCUCUGCGCGGACUGGUCCACUGCGCGGCCAUCGGCUGGACGGGGCCUUCGAUCAGCUUCCCCAUCAACGAGGCGAAGCAGAUUGUCGAAGUCAACUUGAUCGGCACGUUGAUCUGCGCCCAAGCCGCCGCCGCGCUGGUCCAGCGGCAGAAGAACGGCGGGCUCUCGGCGAGUUUUGUCCUGAUCGCGAGUAUGAGCGGAUAUGUGGUCAACAAGGGCACACCAAACGCAGCCUACGCGGCCUCCAAAGCCGGCGUGCACCAGCUGACCCGAAACCUGGCCUCGGAAUGGGGAUGUCCCCAGUCCGGCGGGAAUGGCGGCGGCGGCGGCGGUGGUGGCUGCCCGCCUCCUAUCCGCGUCAAUUCCAUCAGUCCCGGCGUGAUCCGAACGCCGAUGACGGCCGACGUGCUCGCGGGAACGGACAACGAACGCAUCUGGACCGAGGAGAGCAUGUUGAAGAGGCUGUCCGAGCCCGAGGAUUACAGGGGGCCCGUUAUUUUCUUGCUCUCCGAAGCCAGUGCCUACGUGACGGGCGCGGAUUUACUGGUCGACGGGGGUUACACGGCUUGGUGA